AACCGGUUUAAAGAUUCUGCACUACACCUGGCUGUCCGAUUUAAAAAUGUUAAAGUUGUUACAUUACUUGUUUCCAGUGGUAUUGAUGUUAACCUCACUAACAAGAAAGGUGAAACAGCACUGGACAUUGCUACAACUCUUCUCAACGCAGCUAUAUUCGGUGUAUUAAAAGAACUUCUCGGUUCCGAUAAUGUGAACCCUGUUUGGCAGAAAUGUAUGGAGUAUUUUGCGCCACAUCGUGACAUAAAAUCAGCGACUAAAUUAAUCCAACAGGACACUCCAAUGAUUGCUGCUUCAUUACUAGAAUACGCUUACCGUAAACAAGACAUGGCAAUGGUGGACACUUUAAUAGACGCUGGUCUUAACCAGAAUUACAAACCCACCAGAUUUAAGGUGGACACGUUUUUACAUAAAUGUAUGGAGUAUUCUGUGAGUUAUUGUGACAUAAAAUCGGUCACAAAAUUAAUCCAACACGGUACGCCUGUCAAACCCUCCUUACUGUCAGACGCUUAUUGUAAUGGGGACCUUGUAAUGGUGGACACAUUAAUACAAGCUGGUCUUCACCAGAAUCACGAUCAGACCAGAUUUACAGCUUUCAUCUAUUAUUCUGUGUCAUAUAGAGAUACUGAGCGGGUUAAAAAAUACAUCAAAUAUGCCAGUCCCUUCGGUGCUCUGGAGGAUGGUCGGUCGUUAUUAGAUGUCGCAUAUCAUGCUGAAAACUAUGACAUGGCGGGAAUUUUACUCCAAAAUGGCCAUGAACUGACUUUUGGCAAUUGUUUAAGAGCAUUAAAUUUGCAUCUUAACCAAUACAAUCGCUUUAAACACAGUAUCGUAAUAAUUAAACAUGUAAUACAGUAUGGUAUAGCCCACAUGUAUCGUUGGCGAACACAGUUCAUGCCCCCCAAAAUACGUCUUGAAUACGACGUAGAUCUUUGCGUAUUUGAGAAUAUCAACAUACUGUACUUGUUGUACAUGUCCAACUUAAUAAAAAACCACGAGUUACAUCAUAGACUCUCACAGCUGUCUAUAGCUUUUAAUUACCAUGUAAUUGUAAACAAAUUACAAAACAUGGCUUCCGAUCGGGCGCCAUAUCUUAGUCCCUCGCUAAAAGCAUUACAAGAACUUGCUUCAAGUCCUAUGCCCCUUGUUUGUAUAACCCGUAAUGUGAUUUGUGAAUCCCUAGGUCCGCCUAAUAUGUGGUUUAAUGUAGGGUUAUUGCCCCUGCCUGAUAAACUUAAAUCGUUUCUAAGAUAUGAAGAUAUCCUUCAUGAAAAUUUCGUUCAGAUACAAUUUUUGUGCCACAACAUUAAAUGGAAUUCCACAAGGAACUGUCGAUGCUUGAGAUUCAGAACGUGUUUAACAUGUAGCCACAGAUUCGGAAGUCUUCGGGAACUUUGUGAUGGAAUUUGUUGAAACCAUGCUCACGAAUGAAACGACAAACCCUGAAUGGUUACAUGAAUGUUGACCAACCAUUCGGCCAUCCAACUCCCCGAAUGUUGACCAACCAAAGAUGCUAGCAAGGAGUUGUAUACUGUUUUUUAUAUGUAAAUAAUAAAUACAGGUAAAUUGCCUUUGUGAUAACGGGAGAUAUAGGAGUAGGCUUAGAUUAGUUAGCCAUCAUUGCUACAUUAUGGUCAUCUGCCAACUAAUUGAAUCUUACAAACAUCUGCAUUUCUCCAAUAAUAUAACGUUUGAAAACUUAAUUUCAUAAAUUGCUAGGCUACCAAAAUAAAGCUUAUCACAAAAAUAUAAUAAUGGUAAACUUAAUUUUAACUUCAGUGGGAAAUGUUUUUAAAAAAAACGAGAAUAAAUGGGAAUCUAAAUUUCAAAUCAGCAAAGAUAUGGAUUGGGGGAAGUAUGUAUAUACUCAAACCUUUAUAUUUACUACUGACAUGAAACUAAAUUUGUUUCAGUUCCGGGUAAGUCAUAAAAUAGUUGCUACAAAUUUGCUUUGAUGUAAAAUUCGUAUUAAACAUUGCGAACUGUGUCCAGCAGACUAUUGUACAGUUUAAUAGAUACCAGGAGAUAAGAGGAUUUUACAUAGCCUAAGCCUGUUCCCCAAUCCCAUUCAGACAACCUGAAUAAAAUAUUGUUUUAAACAAAAGUUGGUUAAUAAUAGAACAAAUAUUAUAAUAGUUGAUAGUAUCAAUCACCAGACAUUGUACAAACUCUAACAUUAUGUUAUAAUAGAUAGAACCAUUCACCAGAUAUUGUAAAAACUCUGAUAUUAUGUUAUAAUAGUUGAUAGUACCAAUCACCAGAUAUUGUACAAACCCUAACAUUAUGUUAUAAUAGUUGAUAGUAACAAUCACCAGAUAUUGUGUUAUAAUAGUUGAUAGUAACAAUCACCAGAUAUUGUGUUAUAAUAGUUGAUAGUAACAAUCACCAGAUAUUGUACAAACCCUAACAUUAUGUUAUAAUAGUUGAUAGUACCAAUAACCGGAUAUUGUACAAACUCUAACAUUAUGUUAUAAUAGUUGAUAGUACCAAUCACCAGAUCUUGUACAAACUCUUAACAUUAUGUUAUAAUAGCUGAUAGCACCAAUAACCGGAUAUUGUACAAACUCUAACAUUAUGUUAUAAUAGCUGAUAGUACCAAUCACCAGAUAUUGUACAAACUCUAACAUUAUGUUAUAAUAGCUGAUAGUACCAAUCACCAGAUAUUGUACAAACCCUGAUAUUAUUCUAUUAUAUAGUACCAGUCAGUCACCAGAUAUUAUGCUUAGUAGGAUUUCAUAUUUAUAAACAAAGACUUUAAAUUCAAAGCCUAUAUUAAGUAUUUUUCAGCUAGAAAUAAAACACCAUUACCUAUAAAAACACAUGUAUGUAUCGUGUGGUGAAUUGAAUACGGAUCAUUAUUUAAAUCGCCAUCCCCUACAAAAACAUAUCCAUGUAUCGUGUGGUGAAUUGAAUACGGAUCAUUAUUUACAUCGGUUUUCUAGAUUCCCUUAGACGCCAUAGUUUUCUCAAAUUUAGUAACUGCUAAUUUAUGAUAACAUUGAAUCAUUUAUUCUUGUUAAUUAUUUUUAUAUGAGCAA